GGACACGCGAGGCGGCGGGCGCGAGGCGUGCGCGUGGCGCGAGGAGUGAGCGCGGCCGCCCCGGUCCCGGUCCCGGUCCCGGUCCCGGUCCCGGUCCCGGUCCCGUCCCCCGGCGGCAGGGUGCCCAUGGGCUCUCCGCCAGCUGCCCCCAGGCUGCUUUACCGCAGCACCCGCCUGCUUCGCACUGCCUUCCAGCAGCUCCACCAGCAGCAGCAGCGAGACGACGUCUUCUGUGACGUGGUCCUGCAGGCUGAAGGUGAGGCGGUGGUGGCCCACUGCUGCCUCCUCUCUGUCUGCAGCCCCUUCUUCAUGGAGCAGCUGCGCCGGGAGCUGCCCCCCCAGGGUGGCAGGGUGGUGCUGGAGCUGGGGGGGCUGAAGAUCGAGGCACUGCGCAAGCUGGUGCGGUUCCUCUACACGGCCGAGCUGGAGGCUACGCGCGAGGAGGUGCAGGAGGUGCUGGCAGCCGCCCGCCACCUCCGUGUCACUGAGCUGGAGUCACUGCAGCUGCGGGGGGGGCGCCUGGUGAGGCCAGGGCCCCAGCGGCAGCUCGAUCGCUCCUGCCUGCAACCCUCCCGGCACAGCUCCCCCAUGGGGGUGGGUGCCAAGGCUGAGCCCGGCAGUGCCAGCAGUGCCCCUGGGAGUGCUGGUGUCCCCCUGCAGGGGCGGCCGUGCUCUCCAGGGACCUUGGACCCCAGCCCUGGCCCCGUGGGGCGGGUGAAGCUGCGGAAGGUGGAGAGUGGGGGGUGCUGGGAGGUGGUGCGGGAGAGGCAGCCCCCCGCUGCCUUGGCCGUGGGUGACGUGGGGGCGGCAGAACUGCGGCCCCCACCAGACCUGGGUGCAGUGGGGCGGGUGGGCAGGCGCUGCCCACCCCAGCAGCCCCCCUGGAGGAAGCAGGGCCAGGUGCCCACCCCACCCCAGCAGGGCUGUGGGCAGGCGGUGCUGCUGGGGGAGCCCCUGCGUGACCCUGAGGAGGAGGAGGUGGACGUGGGGAUGGAGGAACCAUGCCUGCCCCCCGGCAUCUGCUGUGUCUGGCCCUGUCCCUCCUCCGGGUCGGAUGAGGAGGUGGAUGUCCUUGCCUAGGGGGGCUGUGCCCUCCCCCCCCUACACUUGCAGUUCAGGCAGGGAGGCCCCCCCGGCGAAGGGGCUGCGUGGCACUGAAAUAAAGUGUUGG